AUGGAUCUAGGAGAAGCAGGAGACUCGCCAUGGGGCGAUGUCCCUUCGCAGUCCAUCUCGAAACCUGCUGCCUCCAGCACCGACAAUGGCUCCUCGAAAGCUCAGGAAGCCGAGACUUCCCAACAAUCAGGGGCAUCGCUGAAAUCACCUACCAUCGCCAGGGGACCGAGAACCCCGGUGCGCCGUCUUGUUGCUCAACCCACCAAGCUCGAGGCUGUCGAUGAUCCGCUCGGCCCGUUGGGUCCUCUAGGGAAUAAUGCAGGUCCCGGAGCCGAUUCUCAAGCCGACGAACCUCCCGUUCCGCCUCAGAAGGAACAGAUGGUCAUUCGAACGACUAUGCCCCAGCCUCCGCAACAGAAGAGAGCCGGGCCGGGAGAUCCCCAUCGCAUUGAUGACGAGGAGUACGACCGCCCAUCUGGCCCCAGAGCGCCUCCGCCAGUUCAAGCCGCCAAGCCGAGCCCCGUGCGUGCCAGCGCCCAGCCGAGCGUCAGUGUCGAACAGGCAGCGAAACCUUCCUUCCAUAUCGCUGUCGGUGAUCCGCACAAGGUUGGAGACUUGACUAGUUCGCAUAUUGUCUACUCUGUCAGAACACGGACUACGUCGAAGGGAUACAAACAGUCCGAGUUCGAGGUCAAGCGACGAUACCGUGACUUCCUUUGGCUUUAUAACACAAUGCAUGGGAACAAUCCUGGUGUUAUCGUGCCUCCGCCGCCCGAGAAGCAAGCGCUCAAUCGUUUCGAGACCAAUUUCGUCGAGUCCCGUCGAGCCGCCUUAGAAAAAAUGUGUAAUAAGAUCGCGGCCCAUCCCACGCUGCAGCGCGAUCCCGACCUGAAGCUAUUCUUAGAGAGCGAGUCCUUUAGCGUCGAUGUCAAGCACAAGGAGAGAAGGGAGCCCAUACCUGGCGAGAGCAAGGGCAUGUGGGGUUCACUUGGUAUCAAUGUGGGAGGCGGCAGUAAAUUCGUCGAGCAAGAUGAUUGGUUUCACGAUCGACGCGUUUAUCUUGAUGCACUCGAAAACCAGCUGAAAGCACUCAUGAAGUCUAUGGAUACUAUGGUAGGCCAACGGAAGGCUAUGUCCGAGGCAGCCGGAGACUUCUCUGCCUCGCUACACGCACUCUCGACAGUUGAGCUGAGCCCUACACUCUCAGGCCCACUUGAUGCCUUGUCGGAUCUACAGCUCACGAUAAGAGACGUCUACGAUCGACAAGCCCAGCAGGAUGUCCUGACGUUUGGUAUUACCAUCGACGAGUAUAUCCGCCUCAUCGGCAGCGUAAAGCAGUCCUUCGGGCAACGGCAAAAGGCCUUCUACGCAUGGCACAACGCGGAGUCCGACAUGCAGAAACGCAAAGCUGGCCAAGACAAACUACUGAGGCAGGGACGGUCCCAGCAGGAUCGCCUCAAUGCAGUUGGCGCUGAGGUUGCGGACGCCGAGCGGAAAGUUCACCAGGCUAGAUUGUUGUUCGAAGAUAUGGGGAGACUGAUGCGUGCGGAGAUUGAUCGAUUUGAGCGCGAAAAGGUGGAGGAUUUCAAGUCCUCGGUCGAAACCUUCCUGGAAAGUGCUGUUGAGGCACAAAAAGAAUUGAUCGAGAAGUGGGAGACGUUUCUGAUGCAAUUGGACGCCGAAGACGACGAAACUGUAUUCUAUCGUCCACCCGUGAUCGAGACCGCCGACAAGUCGACUGGUCGUGGCAAUACGGCUGUAGAUCGAGCACGAGCUACCAUUGAUGAAGACUCGGACUAG